UGUCACAAAAAAGUAUUGUCUCUCGGAAACUGCUCUCUCUCUCUCUCUCUCUCUCUGAGAGUCGUUUCGGUUCCAUGAAAGCUUCAUAGAUCUGCCCUAAUCUAAGAAACCAGAGCGACCAUGGCGGUGACUCUACAAGACAGUGGUAGUAGCAGUAUGUGGGACGGUGUGAUCAAACUCACCAAGUCGGCUCAGGAAAGGGGCGGCGACCCCUUGAUGUGGGCGAUUCAGCUCUCCUCCACCCUCUCCUCCGCCGGAGUUCCUUUACCCUCCACGGAGCUGGCUAACUUGCUCGUCUCUCACAUAUGUUGGUCCAACAACGUUCCCAUGGCCUGGAAAUACCUCGAGAAGGCCUUGAUCAUGAAGAUCGUGCCCUCGAUGCAUGUUCUCGCUCUUCUCUCUUCUAGUGUGAUUCCAAGUCGACGGUUGCAUCCUGCGGCUUACAGGCUUUAUUUAGAGCUCCUUAAGAGACAUGCUUUUUCAUUUGCAUCUCAAAUUAGUUGUCCAAAUUAUGAAAAGAUCAUGAAAUCAAUAGACGAAGUUCUUCAUCUUUCCCAGAUAUUUUCCCUUCCAGCAUCUGAACCUGGGCUACUCGUAGUUGGAUUUGUCUUUUCAAUUGUAUGGCAGUUACUUGAUGCAUCACUAGACGAUGAAGGACUGCUGGAACUUACACCAGAAAGGAAAUCUAGGUGGCUAACUGGGAAACAGGAUAUGGAAAUAGACAGUCAUGAUAGCUUUGAUCAGAAGAGAACUGAACGACAUGAGGGGCUGCACAAAAUAAAUACUGUUAUGGCUGUUGAGAUAAUCGGAGAAUUUUUCAAACAUAAAGUGAUUUCCAGGAUUCUUUACUUGGCACGUCGAAAUCUGUUCUCACACUGGGGAUGUUUCAUUCAGCACGUGCGACUGCUUGCUGCAAACUCAUCAGCAUUGAGAAAUUCAAAAAAUAUAAACCCAGAGUCUCUUCUACAGUUAACAUCUGAUACGCGUAACGUCCUGUCCCGUGAAUGCAAAACAAGUUCACAGAAACAAUUUCAUGCAGUAAUGGCUUCUGGGUCACUUGCAUCUUCUGCCAGUCAAUGUCAUGGCACUAGUCGUUCUGCACUUUGGCUUCCUUUUGAUUUGUAUCUGGAAGAUACGAUGGACGGAUCACAAGUGGCAGCUACAAGUGCUGUUGAAGUUCUUACUGGCUUAGUGAAGGCUCUUCAGGCUGUCAAUCAAACUACCUGGCAGGAUACAUUUCUUGGCCUCUGGAUUGCAGCUCUACGGCUUGUUCAGAGGGAAAGAGAUCCUAGUGAAGCUCCUAUACCUCGUAUAGAUACGUGCUUGUGCUUGUUAUUGUCUGUGACAACACUUGCAGUAUUUAAUAUUAUUGAGGAGGAGGAAACUGCCCUCAAUAAUGAAGUCGAGUGCAGUGCCACCAGUCAAAGGAAAGAGAAACAUGUUUCAGGAAAGCGCCACAGGGAUUUAGUUUCUAGUCUACAGCAUUUGGGUGAUUAUGAAGGCUUGUUGGCUCCACCCUUACCUGUAAUUUCGGCAGCCAAUCAGGCUGCUGCAAAAGCAAUGAUGUUCCUUUCAGGCCUAACAGUCAGCAGCGGAUACCUUGAUGGUGUGAGCUUGAAUGAUAUGCCAGUGAAUUGUUCUGGAAACAUGAGGCAUCUGAUUGUUGAGGCUUGUAUUGCCAGAAAUCUGCUGGACACGUCAGCAUAUUUGUGGCCUGGCUAUGUGAAAGGCCGCAGCAACCAAAUACCUCGUAGUGUUUCUGGCCAAAUGCCUGGUUGGUCAUCAUUGAUGAAGGGUUCUCCUCUAACACCUCCACUGGUAAAUGCCUUGGUUUCAACUCCGGCUUCAAGCUUAGCAGAAAUAGAGAAAAUAUAUGAGAUUGCAGUCAACUGUUCAGAUGAUGAGAAGAUAUCGGCUGCGACAAUUCUCUGCGGGGAUUCUCUAAUACGUGGUUGGAAUAUACAGGAACAUAUUGUUGUUUUGAUUACAGCAUUGCUGUCUCCUCCAGUUCCUGCAGAUUAUUCUGGGAGUGAGAGCCAUUUGAUACGUUAUGCUCCAUUUUUGAAUGUUCUCCUUGCCGGAAUAUCAUCUGUUGAUUGUGUUCAGAUUUUUUCCUUACAUGGCAUGAUUCCACAACUGGCAGGUGCAUUGAUGCCUAUCUGUGAGGUUUUUGGUUCAUGUGCACCCAUGGACUCAUGGCAUCUUACAACAGGUGAAGAAAUUUCUUCCCGUGCUGUGUUCUCCAAUGCAUUCACUCUUCUGCUGAAGCUAUGGAGGUUUGAUCAUCCACCUCAUGAACAUGUUAUGGGAGAUGUGGCCCCAAUGGGAUCCCAACUAACUCCAGAAUACCUCUUAUUGGUCCGAAACUCUCAGUUAGCAUCAUAUGCAAACACACCCAGGGAUCAACAUAAAAGCAAGAGAAUAUCAAAAUUUGCCAGUCCAUCAUCUACGGAACCAAUAUUCAUGGAUUCUUUUCCAAAGUUAAAAUACUGGUACCGGCAGCAUCAAGAAUGUAUUGCUUCAACCCUCUCUGGUCUUGUACACGGGAGCCCUGUUCAUCGGAUUGUUGAUGGGCUUUUGAACAUGAUGUUCAGAAAAGUAAAUAGAAGUGGUCAACCCCUGACUCCUACAACUUCUGGAAGUAGUAAUUCAUCUGGAACUGUGAUGGAAGAUGCCUCCCUUAGACUGAAAUUACCAGCUUGGGACAUUCUGGAAGCUGUUCCCUUUGUGCUUGAUGCUGCUUUGACAGCAUGUGCCCAUGGAAGAUUGUCUCCUCGUGAACUGGUGACUGGUCUCAAAGAUCUUGCUGAUUUUCUUCCUGCAUCCUUGGCUACUAUUGUAAGUUACUUUUCAGCUGAAGUUACUCGGGGCAUUUGGAAGCCUGCUUCUAUGAAUGGUACUGAUUGGCCAACUCCUGCCUCAAAUUUAGCCAUUGUUGAGCAACAGAUAAAGAAAAUUUUAGCUGGCACCGGCGUUGAUGUCCCACGCCUUGCUGCAGGAGGGAGCUCUCCAGCUACACUGCCCUUACCCUUGGCUGCCCUUGUAAGCCUCACAAUAACAUACAAGUUAGAUAGGGCCACUGAACGUUUGCUGUUUCUGAUUGGCCCAGCUGUGAUUAGCAUCGCAUCCGGUUGCCCCUGGCCAUGCUUUCCCAUCAUAGCCUCCUUAUGGGCUCUGAAAGUAAAGCGUUGGAGCGACUUUCUUAUUUUCACAGCAUCCCGUACUGUCUUCCAUCACAAUACUGAUGCUGUCGAUCAGCUCCUAAAAAGCUGUUUUACUUCCACUCUUGGCCUAAAUUCCUCUCCCAUCUCGAGCAAUGGCAGUGUCGGUGCCCUUCUUGGCCAUGGGUUCGGGUCCCAUUUUUCCGGUGGAAUUUCUCCGGUAGCCCCCGGAAUACUCUACUUGAGAGUGCACCGAUCCAUCAGAAAUCUCAUGUUCAUUACAGAGGAAAUCAUUGUCCUUCUGAUGCAUUCUGUUAAAGAUAUCGCGAGUUGUGGGCUCCGCACAGAGAAAAUCGACAAGUUGAAGAAGACAAAGUACGGGAUGAGAUAUGGUCAGGUUUCUCUUGCUGCAGCGAUGACACGUGUAAAGCUCGCAGCUACUUUAGGUGCCUCGUUAGUUUGGAUAACUGGUGGAUUAAGUUUGGUUCAAUCUUUAAUUAGAGAAACCUUACCGUCUUGGUUUAUUAAGUCAGAGCUCGACAUAGGGGAAUCUGGAGGGAUAGUUGCAAUGCUAAGGGGCUACGCUCUUGCAUACUUUGUGGUGCUUUUGGGUACAUUCGCUUGGGGAGUGGACUCGUCAUCACUGGCAUCUACGUGGCGGCAAAAUGUUAUCGGGGCCCAUUUAGAGUUCUUAGCAAGUGCACUUGAUGGAAAAAUAUCGCUCGGUUGUGAUUGUGCCUUGUGGCGGGCUUACGUGUCAGGGUUUGUGAGCUUGAUGGUGGGAUGUACGCCGAUGUGGAUGCGAGAAGUGGAUGUGGAUGUAUUGAAGAGAGUGGGGAGGGGAUUGAGACAGUGGAAUGAGGAAGAACUGGCCCUGGCACUGCUGGGCAUUAGCGGGAUCGAUGCGAUGGGUGCGGCAGCUGAAUUGAUUAUCGAAAGCGAGUUUUGAACGUUGUCAGAAAUAUUAGGCAUAAAAAAGAUAACAUUUUAAAUUGCAAAAUUUAGAAUCUUAGGAGGUUUAGGGAUAUUGAUAUUUGGGUGGUAGAAAAAUCUUGUUGCAUCUGUAAUCUUGUCGCAUCUGUGUAGGCUUUAACAGUAUGAUUAUGGAUUUCUGUGUAGUGUUAUAAGCAGAAGAGUAAAAAGUGGAGAAAAAAUUAACGCAGUAUUUUGAAACCUUCGUGCA